GUAGUUGAAGUUUCCCAUUCAGAUAUUUGUUUUGCAAGUGAGGUUUGGUUUAGCUCUCAUUAGUUGGGUGAGAAAAAAAGUAAAUGAGUGAUACAGAAGAAACCAUGGGAAUCAAUUAAUUCACGACUUUUCAGCAUUGUGUUUUGAACCUAUAAAAAGUGGAAAUAGUGUUGUGUUGGCCCUCGGGAAUCCUGAGAUUAGGACUUGUUUGGACCAUGGCUGAGGUGGAGAGCUUUGACAAUCUUUUGGCUAGUAGGAAGUUAUUGGAAACUAGCUUGGAGAAUUCAAGAGCUCUUGCCUUGGCCUUGGACAAAACUGGACCAAGAUUAGUGGAGAUAGACAGAAAGUUGGCAUUUUUGGAAGCUGCUAUUCGGCCUAGCUCUUCCAAGAAUUGCACAUUUGCUGCUAUUAGAGAUCAUGUCAGCCUUGCUCUUGGCCCUGCUGUAGCAGUUCUGAAGAUCUUCAAUUCCAUUCGCGAGCUUGAGAAGUCGCUGUUCUCAGGCCCAUUUUCUGAUCUAUCCUCUUACCUUUCAACCAUUAGACAGCUUGAAGGAGCACUAAAAUUUCUCACAGGCAACUGCAACCUGGCAAUCCAAUGGUUAGAAGGAGUUAUGGAAUUCCUGGAAGAUAAUUCUGUUGCCAAUGGUAAGUACAUCGUGAACCUUAGACGAUCAUUAACAAUUUUACAAGAGUUGCAAGCAACCGGGGAACAUGCUUGUCUCUCUGGUGCAUUUGACAAGCUGGAAAUUUCAUUCAAGCAGAUUUUGGCAGAUAAUAGUGUUCCACUUGCUUUAGCCUGUCUAACAGCAAAGCAAGCCUGUGAUGCAGCAACACCUUUUCCGGUGCCUAUACUUCAGAAGUUACAGGCGAUUGUUGAGAGACUGAAUGCCAGUAACAGGCUUGAGAAGUGCAUGUCCAUAUUUGUUGAAGUUCGGAGUCUGAAUACUAGAAAAAGUCUGCAAGCUCUUGAUUUGGCGUACCUUGAGAAGGCAAUCACAGAUUUUGAUGACGUCCAGGAUAUGGAAAGGUGCAUAGAAGAGUGGAGCAAGCAUAUGGAGUUCAUUGUGAAGCAUGUGCUGGAGCAUGAGCACAGGCUCUGCAAGGAAGUCUUUGGAAGUACUGCAUCAGGCGUUUGGAUGGACUGCUAUGCGAAGAUUGCAGCCCAGUCUGGAAUUCUUUCUUUCCUCCAGUUUGGAAUGAGCAUUGCUGAGAGUAAGAACUGUCCUAUCAAACUCUUGAAUUUGUUACGCAUUUUCUCAGUUCUAGAAAAUUUGAGAAUGGAUUUCAACAAGCUUUUUGGAGGGGAAACUUGUGUUGAAAUCAAAACCAUGACAAGCGAUCUGGUCACGAAAGUUGUUAAUGGCGCCAGCGAGAUUUUCUGGGAACUUCCAGUACAGGUGGAGCUGGAAAGACAAAGUUAUCCCCCUAAAGAUGGAGGCAUUCCAAGGCUGGUAAGCUUCGUGACUGGCUACUGUAAUCAGUUGCUCGACGACAAAUACAGACCAGUCUUGACCCAAGUACUGAAAAUCUGUCACGGUUGGAAACAUGAAAAAUAUGAAGAGGGACUUGUUACCAACCAGAUUUACAGCAUAGUAAGAGAAAUCGCGGUUAACUUGGAUGCUUGGUCAAAAGCGUAUGACCAAAGGCCAUUGUCCUACAUAUUCAUGUUGAAUAAUCAUUCUCAUUUCCACAGCCUGAAAGGCACAGAGCUAGGGAAUCUGAUGGGAGAUUCUUGGCUAAGUGCUCAUGGACAGUACAAGGAAUACUAUUCAGCUCUCUACUUGAGAGAGAGCUGGGGGAAACUUCUUACUUGUCUAAGCCAGGAUAAUCCAGUUUCAUCUGAUUUGCCCAAGAGGCUGAAGGCAUUCAAUGAAGCCGUUGAUGAUAUGUACAACAAGCAGUCCAAUUGGGUCAUCUUCGACGAAAGCUUGAGACAGAAGAUGCACCAGCUUGUAGUGCAGGCUUUGGUGCCUGCUUAUAGAAGUUACUUGCAGAAACAUAGCCUUCUAGUCGAGCACAGUGAUACUACUUCUAGAACUGUAAAAUAUACGGCGAAAAGCUUGGAAAACAUGCUUAACACCCUCUUUCAGCCAUGGCAGAUAAAAUACCGGAGCACCAUAGACUCACAUUUCACCGGUAAACAGAGAAAUACAGAAACCAACCAAUUUCGCUUGACACUUACAGCUGUGUAACAGCAGGGCUCCGUAUGUUUUCAUCAAAUAUAAGAUUAAAUUCACCCUUUCUUCCUCCCUGUUUACCUUGUUGAAUUCAUGUUGUUGGAAUGCCAUAUGGAUGACUGCUAUCCAUCGUAACAUUUGAAAAAGGGUAGGCCAUUUACAGUUGACAAUGGUGGUUGAUGAGGCAGUUCAAAAAUUUAAAUAUUUACUGACAUCUGAUAUCCGCCACCUUUUUCCAGAAAGUCUUGUUACUGUUUGUUCGGCAAGAGAGUUUAAGGAAUUUCAUCGAA